UGUGGAUGGCCAUGAUCUAUGUCGGGACGUUCUAGAAUUCACUGUUGAGGACUUCAUGGCAAAAUUAGUGCCUCAUGUGAACCCUGCGAGAGAUGGCAGAACCUGGAGCCCUUCUUUGGGUUGGGAAGACAUCGGACAACGAGCACUGGCGAGAAGUAGGCGGGUGACGAUCCCGAGCUUCAUGUAUGGGCCGUUAAGUUCGACGGUGCAUGGUGCAGGCGCCUCUGUCCUUACUGAACCUCGCCAAAAUGAUGCGAACAUCAAAGGGGGUGGCUCGACAGAUGCGGCUGAAAAGAAUGAAAUGCUGAGAAUCAUUGAAGCCAAUGGGUCCAUCAAUCUCUUCCGUCUCAUUAUCAACCCUGACGAUUUUGGGCAAUCGGUCGAGAAUCUCUUUCACUUGUCUUGCCUCUUUUACGAGGGUGUAUGUGCGUACCACCUGAAUGCCAAUGGGGAGCCCAUCAUCUCUCAUGUGUUAUCAACAGGACAAGAACCUCAAGUGACCCCCAACCGCCAUCAGAUAGUCUUUGAAUUUGACAUGGCUACAUGGAGGCAUGCAAUAGAGGUAUUCGAGAUCACAGAAUCCGUCAUGCCGCAUCAUACUCCACCCUGCGUUUGAUCGAUGUCCGUCGCUCGCAUGUGUUUGCCUAUGCUCGUUCAUGUGUGUAUGCACCAGUCGCGAUCGGUUGUAGUACUCAUGUCUUGAAUGAAUUGUGGUUAGUC